UAAUGUACUACAUGAUCACUAGAGCGCGCGUGACAUCAGCCAUGAUCCUUUCUCGUUGACGCUCAGCUGCGGUUUCGAUUACUUAUAUAUUAAAAUCGUGUAAUUAGUAGCGUGUCGCGUUGAUGUGGAGAAAUGAAACUAUAACCUAACCUGAAUCAAUCAUAGCCGGGGUGUCCACGGUCGGCUUGUCAAAUCCGUGACAAUUAUAAUUCAACGCGACGUUAUAUUUUUGCAAUUCACACAAUUGUAUUCUCGCUUUGAAGAACAAAAUAACACUGCGCUUUUAAAAAUUUUUGCGUACUUCGAGUGACGAAAGUUUACGCGACUUGAGUUCUCACUUUGAAUAUAUAUAUUUUGUCGACAAGUGUAAAUUUCUAACCUCAAAGGCUUGCCGUCUUCAUUAUUAACCGAGAAAAAAGUGCUGGAAGGAUAUAUAUUGCUUCACAUUAUGACAGAGGAAGGAAAAGGAACUGAGGUAACGCACAUGCCACACCAUGUGCAGCAAAGAUUAUGUCAAACCCGAUCGCCUUACAGACAAGGAAAAAGAUUGACUGCAGUCAAGGUUUAUACAAUUAACGAUGAAUCACAGCAUUUGCUAAUAUGUGGAGUACCAAAAGUGCGAUUAGGUGAAGAAGUGGGAAAACUUGUUUAUCCUUAUGGAAAUGUGAAAGCAAUCCAGUUGGUGACUGAAUAUCCCUCAGAGGAAUUUACAGAAACAUAUCAUGUGCAUUAUGCACGUAUUCAGAGCGCAAGGGUAGCAAAACGAUUGAUUGAUAACAAAAAUUUUUUUGGAGGGGUCCUGCAUGUUUUUUACGUUCCUGAGUUAGAAACUCUGGCAGAAACAAAAGCAAAACUUAUACAACGCCGUAAAGAUGUAGCGAUACAGAUAAAAAGAAAUCUUAAGCAAGACUUAACAAACCCAGCAAAAUUUAUUCCAAAAGAACAAUAUCAUAGAAAAAAGAAAAAUCCUGCUUUGCCCCUCACUGAAGAACGACUCAAAUAUUGCUAUCCUGGAGAAACAUUGUCAUCUAUUUGUAAUGGAAUACCUCAGAACAUAGAUCCACGACCUGUGCUUGAACCUCGUUUACCGAUAAACUGUAAUUUUAAUAGCAGCAUUGCAUCUGGAUCAAAAUCAUUAUCAGCACCAUAUCAACCGACUGAAGCAGUGAUGCAGACAGGGAUUCAGAGGCCAAACAGAAAUCCAAAAUUAAACGUGCAAAAAAGGAAAAAUUAUAAAGGCCAAUAUGUCGACGAUAAUGCAAAAGUUAAAAUUUUUCGUCCGCGAUUGAUAGAUACCAGAAAUAUCGCGAAAUCAAGUUCCGUUGAGAAAACAAAUGUGUUUUGUAACGUAAAGAAAGUAGAGAGCGGAAUUACUGUGAAAUUAUUGGAAACGUCUGAUACUGCAAAGAAGAAGAUUGUUAUAAAAGAUCCAAAUGUAACGCAUUUAAUACAAUCCAGCAAAGAUCUUCAAUAUUCGAUUCAAGCGGCGAAAUCUCAAAUUCGUGCAGCGAUGCAGAAACACGACAUUUAAAUAAACACUUAAACAUCUUUUACAAACUGAAUUAUUUAUAAAUGUAAAUUUGGAAUAUAGAUUUUUAUAUUUUAUAAUUAUUUAUUUAUUUCAAAAUGAAUAUAUAUGACAUAAACCCAUUACUUGCAAUUGUGAUAACAUUUAAAAUAAGUUCAAUUUUACUGUUUUCUUCCUAUUCUAUUUUUUAUUCUAAAAUAAAUUAGAACUGAUUUAAAU